GUUAAAAAGGAGAAGUGAAAGGUAUGCAAAUGACAAGCAAAUUGGAAGAGCCGGGAAGAAAGGCAGCUAUAAUAAACAAGACAAAGAGAAAGGACGAGGGGACCGGCCCCGGAGUUUUAGCCGGGGAAGAUCAGAAGAAUGGGGUUUGGCGAAAAGCGGGGAUCUGCACGAACAAAAAAGCGACCCGGUCCCCCUCGCGGUCCUCUCUCCUGAGAAGAGAGAGCAGGAGAAAGAAGGAAAGGGAGCAAACGCCUCCUCACACCCCAGAAACAGUACACAAAAGAGAGAGGAAAACACGCGCGCGCACACACGGUGAUAUCUUGCGGGUGAUGAAUAUGAUAAUUGGACAAGAGACGGUGAGUCUGUGCGACAGCGAUCGAGCGAGCGGGGCGAGUGGGAGAGGGAGAGGGGAGAGAGAGGCGGGCAGGGAGGGGAGACGAGAGAAGAGGAGCAGGGGAGAGGCGAGGAGAGGGAAGAAGAGGAGAAGAAAAGAAGAGGAGCGAAGGGAAGAGGAGAGAGCAGGAGAGGAGGAGAGAGAAGAGCGUAGGAGAGGAGAGAGCAGCAGAGGAGGAGAGAGGAGAAGGGUAAAGAAGAGAAGAGGAGUGAAGCGGAGAGGGAGCAGGCGGACCCGGCGAGAGCUCUUUUGCGCCGCUCUGCUUUCUCCGGCUGCAAUGGUGUAUUAUUUCAGAGCGCUCCCUCAGCUGAGGGCUCCGCUCCACAACAAGAUUUACUUUAAGACACAGCUGAAGGAAACAGGAAGACUGCACGUCACAGUCUAUCUGACGUACCCGGCCCCAGCACCCAAUCGCGAGGCGCCUUCGGAUUCAAGGGGGGAUAGCAAGGCAAGAGAACUUGGGAGAAAAAAAAAAUAUAAAAGGGGUGGGGGUGAGGGGCUGGGAAGAGAGGAGGGGAGAGGGGCCCUGAGCUCCCCCUCCCCGGCCUCCAUCUCCGGCCCCCACCCCCACCCCCGCCCUGCCACUGCUUCGGGACGACUGGAUCGCCGCGCCUGGGCCGGAGCGAGCCAUCUGCGGGCUCUAUGCAAAGCGGGAGACGGCGCGAGCGGCGCCCGGCUCACACUCGCUCUUCCAGGACGCAGACUCCCCCCAUGCGUCUAUCAGGGAAACAACACAGAGGAGCGCAUACACACCACUCACACCUCCAACUAUUGACUGUUGUAUCAAGUGUUCUAACCGGGAUGUGACAGUUUAGUCUGGGAGCAGAAAUAACCAACAUGCCCAUUAGACACAGGAUGGAAUAAUGCUUCUAUUGGUUGGGUCCCUUCGAGAGAGAACCAUUCUCUGCUUUCAAUAGGACAGAAGAGCUCCUUGGCACUGCAUGCCUCCGGGUCUGGUUGAGAGAGGAAUGGUUAGGAGACUGUUCUGAGGAUACGCAGACAUCAUCCAAAGCUUCCUACAUUCAGAUGAGGACAGAGGUUGGGCCAGAGCAUGGCAUGCUUGUUACCUAAGGACGGUUCUGACCAUGUGAGCAAAUCACAGAAGGGUCCCAUGGGAACAGAAAGUUUUGAGGGAGUUUACUGUUUGUGCAAGAUGACUGGUUGGGUAAAGAAGUCCAAAGUUUUUUAUCUGCAGAACAAAUAAAGCCUGGGCAAAGGGUGGCUAUGGUGCUUCGCAGGACCAACUGAGUCUCCCAACGUCGCUGGUAGCCAGCGGAUGCAGGCUGUAACUCUCGUCUUGGUACUAUGUCUUGAAAACACAGGUGUCCUGUCCUGGAACUUUAGGAAGUAGUGCAGAUGCUUCGUUGUCAUUAGCGUCAACCAUGGUAACAUAAUUAUUAUGUACAGUUAAAGGCGAAGGGCAAUGUUUAAGAACAUCAAAUAAUCCUUUUCAUAGUUGGAGACAAGCAGAGUAGUCUGGAAAAGAUUGCUUGACCACUCUGUGUGUGUGAGUUAAUGAGAAGGUCAGGAAUCCAGUGUCAUUUGAGGCAGUUAGUGACACAGCAGAACAUGACUGCAGAUUGCACCCCAAUUCGGGCUAGUUUUCUUGCAAAGGAAAUGAAGAUUGUCCAUAUGAAAUGUAAAUACAAUGUAUUAUUAUGAUCACUUAUGUGAAAACUUAUGUUCACAUGAAAACCUAUACACAAAUGAUAAUCCAGCUUUUAUCAUAACAGCCUUUGUUUUUGUUUUGUUGUGGUUUGUUUUGGUUUUGGGUUUUGUUGCCUUAAUUUUUUUUCAAAUUUUAAAACAAUAUAAUUCACUUUUGGGGGAGUGUGCAGAUCUGAGGGUUUUGACAAAUGCACAGCUGUGGAUCUACCACACGGCCAUGAUAAAGCAUGGCUCCAUCACCACCCCCAGGCCCUUGCCCAGUCCCAGCUCCUGCUUUCCAAAUUUCCUGGGUCAUGCUUUGAUAUCCAACCCCCUUCCUUACUCCCAAGGCCUGGCAAGUACUGAUCUGUUCCUUGGAUCUUUUUUAGAGUGCUAUGUAGAUGGAACUAUACAACACCUAGCCUUUUAUACUUGGUUUCUUUCACUUGGCAGAUUUGUUGAAGUUCACCCUUUUGCUGUUGCAUGCAUCAGGAGUUUGCUCCUGUUUAUUGCUGGGUGGUGUAGGUGUGUGUGCAGUUUAUUUAUCCAUUCUUGGACUCACUAAAGGACUUUUGGUUUGGGGCUGUUAUGAGAAAAACUGAGAUUAACAUUUGUAGAUUUUUAUAUAAAACUAACUUUUUAUUUCUCUUAGGUAAAUAUCUAGGAGUGACAUUACUGGGUCAUGUAAUACAUGUGUUUUUAACUUUAUGAGAAUCUGCCAAAAUAUGCCAUUUUGUGUUUCUGCCAGCAAUAUGUGAGCAUUCCAUUUGCUCCUCUUGCUGAUACAUGGUAUGAUUAAAUAAAUAAGAAAAAAAUUAGCCAUUCAAGUAGGUCUGUACUGGCAUUGCAUUGUGUUUUCAUUUGUAAUUUCUUAACAACUAAUGAUUUUGAACUUUUUUGUGUGUUUAUUUAUUGUCUAUAUAUCUUCUAUUGUAAAGUGUCUAUUCAAAUCUUUUGCCCAUUUCUUUGAACU